ACAAAUAUAAUAGAAGAUACACUAAUUUUUAUCAAAUCUUUAUUAUUCAAAAUUAUUAAUUCCCAUAUAUAUUUUAGCCGUAUUAGGCAAUUCAGUAAUUUUUAUUUAAGGAAAUUAUAAAGAACAUGAAUUUAUGGUUACUUUAAUAAAAAAUUUAUUAUAUAAUUAGAUGGACCAACAUAUUUCUCUAAUGAUUCUAAAAAUUAUCCUAGUGAUACACGUGGCUACAAAAAGAAGUUGUAACGUAGCUACAAAAAGAAAUCGUAAUGCUUCUCAAAUAAUAUACAGGGGAUACGUCACGUAAUCAUAGAAGAUUCACGUAAACCUUGCAUUAACGUCCCCUCUUUUACGUUCAUCAUAUUAAAAUUGAUUAGAAAUUUUAGACGCCAAAAAGUAUUAAAUGUUAAUUAUUAAUGAAAUGACUUUAAAGGUUUAAUCAGUCAUAUGAGUUUAUAUCCAAAACCAACAUGCUCACUUUAAAGGUUUAAUCAGUUAUAUGAGUUUAUAUUGGCCGUCAACAAUAUGCUCACAUUUGUAUGAUUCACAUUACUCUUUCUCUUCUUCUUAUACAUCUCUUCUGAUAACCAAUACGACUAUAAUAAACUAAACACUUGACUCCACCUCCUAUAAUAUUUUAGAACUAUAACAACGUAUGUAACCGGAGCUUCUAGCUCAGGUGGUAAGGACUCACGGCUGUGAGUUCCGCCACCUGGGUUCGAAACCCAGCUACUGGAGAAUUUACAUGCGGAUCUCCAGCGUCUGAGACCGAAGACCGUUAACGGUGAACUACAUGGUGACGUCCUAGCAGCGUCCUUGCUCAUUUCGGUUUCUAGUCUGGACCACCAUAGUGGAACCAGGAUACUCGGUUAUCAAAAAAUAUAACAACGUAUGUAUUUGUCAACAUCUCCGCGCUUACUACGUCCCUAGUUUAUAGUUAAGCUAGAGAGGAUCUCUCGAUUGGUGUCAUAAUUAGAUGAUUCAUGUCUAUUUCAAGGCAUUUAUAUAACCAUUUUUAGACCCUAAAAUUUUUGAAAAAUUGAAACGUGUGGAGUCCAUCAACGAAACCCAUUAUUCUCUCUCAUAAUUUGCUUUUCUUUUUUUAAAUUUGUGCCUUUGACAACGUCCAUCUUGCGUGAAGUUUUUUUUGUUGCAAAAAUUCACCAACUUAGACUUAAGACUCUGUUUGUUGAUCUUUAUUAUUCUUCAAAUGUGAGAUAAUUCUUUUUUGCUACAACCACCGUCAGAACUUUUGAUAAAAUGGAUCGUGCAGAACUGAGUAGAGUAUUUAAAAUGUUCGAUAAGAAUGGCGAUGGGAAAAUUGCAAAAAAUGAGCUGAGGGAUUUCUUCAAAAGUGUGGGUAUCCUUGUUCCCGAAAAUGAGAUUAAGGAGAUGAUUGAAAAGAUGGAUGUGAAUGGAGACGGUUUCAUGGAUAUAGAUGAGUUUGGGUCAUUGUAUCAAGAAAUGAUGGAAGAGAAAGAAGAAGAAGAGGACAUGAGGGAGGCAUUCAGAGUAUUCGAUCAGAACGGUGAUGGUUUCAUCACCGAUGAAGAGUUAAGGUCGGUUCUUGCAUCAAUGGGGUUGAAACAAGGAAGAACACUUGAAGGUUGCAGGAAAAUGAUUAGUAAGGUUGAUGUUGAUGGAGAUGGUAUGGUCAAUUUUAAGGAAUUUAAACAAAUGAUGAGAGGUGGUGGAUUUGCUGCUCUUAGCUCCAAUUAAACAUCUUUUCUCUUUAUUUUACUCAUAAUAAAUUUUAAUUGUUUAGAUAUUAAUACUAGUUUAUGGAAUUUUAAACAAUAAAAAGAGUGCAAGAAAGUAGAAUUAUUUGCAUUAAAUGAAAUGUCUGAUGUUGAGUAUUAUACAAUACUGUUUUCUUUGUUCA